AUGAAUAUACCAGAAUCUUUAAUUCAAAAUAAUAGUUUGCAACCAGGAUAGUAAGUAAUCGGGGAUGGAUAGGAUUAAAAUAUUCAAACUGACUGCCAUAGGCAAAAUUAAGCGAGUAAGAAUAUUUUUAAUAAUGAAGAUGAGGCAAAUUUCAAAAUAUUGGUAACAUUAUUAAGUUAGAUUAGGCAAUUUCAAGUAAGAUAUUUAUAUUACUAUAUUGAGAAUGAUAUACAAAUGAUAGAGAAGAGUUUAAAACCAUUUUUUAUUCUUUAAUUUAUCGCAAUAACUCAUCGAUUUCCUAAUAAAAUAAUUAGAUUAGUUUAUAUUUUAUAAGGAGAUUAAGCCACUUCUUACUUUAUUAUAGAGAAGGGAUAAGUAGAAGUUAUAAUUAAUGAAAAAUAGAUUAUUUUGGAGAGAGAUUGCUUUAUUGUAUAAUACAACUAGAAGUGCAUCAAUUAAAACAUCACUGACUGUAAAUUUUGGAUGCUAGACGGAAUAACCUUUAGAAAGGCAGUUGAAUCUAUGAUGAAAGUAGGGUAUGAAGAGAAUAGAAAGUUUAUAAACAAAAUUGAAUAAUUCUCCUUUAUGACACCCUAAUAAAAAGAUUCAAUUGCGCAUUCAUUAAUUACUACUAAAUUUGAACCCGAAGGUUCAAUUGUGAAUGAAGGGGAUUAGGCAGAUUCAUUUUUAUAAUUAAGACAGGAACACUUGGAGUUUACGUAGGGAAUAAAUAAAUUAAUACUAUGGGUCCCUUAGACUGUUUUGGUGAACAAGCUUUAUAUCAUAAAAGACAAAGAGGAACAUCAGUAAAAGCUGUUACAGAAGUCAAAUGCUUAUCUUUGGGUAGAGAUAAUUUAACUAAGGUAUUGGGGGAUCACAUUUAGUUGUUUAUCCACAAAAAUAUUAUCAGAUGGACUAUUAUUUGGAAAAAGUGAUAUUUUAAAUUAAUUAAAGAAAUUACAUUAAGGAAAGAUUACAUAAGAAGCUUAGAUUUAGAAUUACAAUAAAGGGUCAGUUAUAUUGAAAAAAGAUACUAAAUUUGAAUAAUUAGUAAUUGUACUUGAAGGAUCUUUGUAAAGUGAUGAUGACAAAAUAGGAAAAGGAAAUUAUUUUGGCUAUUAAUUUCCGCCCAAAAAGAGAAAUAAUGAUAUAAUAAAAUCUUAGCAACGAUUUAAUUUACUUAAAUAUUUACAAUAUUUGGAGGCGAUUUUGAAAUAGCAAUCUAAGGAAAAUUUGAAAUACAAUAAUAAUACCUUCCUAUUAAAACAAACAAUUCUUAUAUUCAGAUAGAGAAUCUUAUCUUUAUUAAGAAAUUACCUCCAGUUUAAUCUAAGGUGCUUUAUUUAGUUAAGUAUAAAAUUAAAAUAAUUAUUAUGUACUGAAAUGCAUAAAUAUGGCUAAAAUUUUGUAGGAAAAAUUGCAAAAACAACUUUUAUAAGAGAAGAUAAUUCUAGAAAUUAGUAAUUUUCCAUUUAUUUUGGAAUUUACUAGAACAUUCAGAGAUGA